CUUACACAAUUUGAGGAAAAUGGAAAAGAAACCUUAUUUUGCUGUGUUGCUCAGACAUAGCAUUUAUGCAGGAAUGUUUCUGCUCUCCAAAGCUGCCUUUGAUGGCGGAAUGAACAACUUUAUCUUUGUUUUCUAUAGGCAAGCCAUAGCCACACUGUUCUUGCUACCCAUCGCUUUGUAUUUUGAAUGGAAAACUGCGCCUCCCCUCUCAUUUGUAACCUUCGCCAAGAUCUUUAUGCUUUCUUUAUUUGGGAUAACCAUAUGUCUUGAUCUUCAAGGGGUUGCUCUUAUUUAUACAUCAGCAAGUUUAGCUGCAGCAACUAUAAAUGCUAUUCCUGUCAUUACCUUUCUUUUCGCCCUUCUAUUCAGGGUGGAGGUGUUGAGGCUAAAGUCAACAGUAGGAUUAGCAAAGGUUGGAGGAAUAGUAUUUUGUAUGGGCGGUGUGUUGGUUUUGGUGUUCUACAAAGGCCCUCAACUCACAUUCUUUAACAAUCACCAUCUUUUUUCUAUACACAAACAUCAUCAAAAUCCACUUCAUGUUGCUUCAACCCAAACUUGGAUUAAGGGUUGCUUCCUAAUGAUGGCUUCAAAUACCUUGUGGGCUUUAUCACUUGUCCUUCAGGCGUUUGUACUGAAAAGUUAUCCUUCGACACUUCUAUUCACUAGUCUUCAAUGCCUUGUUAGCUCAUUUCAAUCGUUCGCUAUUGCCAUUGCUUUGGAGAGAAACCUUGACGAAUGGAAAUUGGGUUGGAAUCUUAGACUUCUUUCAGUCGCAUAUUGUGGAAUAGUGGCAACUGGAGUUACAUAUUCUCUUCAAACAUGGGUCAUUAAGAAGAAAGGACCAGUUUUUUUAGCCAUGUCAACGCCGAUUAUUCUUGUCAUUACAACUAUUUCUUCUGCUCUUCUUCUUGGCGAGAGUGUCAGCCUUGGAAGUGGUAUAGGUGGGCUCUUACUGAUUGGAGGUCUCUACAGUGUGCUAUGGGGAAAGAACAGAGAGCAAAAAGUUAAUGAAGAGCUAAAACAAAUUGACAAAGAAUGCAGUUUGCCAGGGAGGGGAAGUGAGACAUCUCAAUCGUGACAAUUCACCGUCUUCCUCGAUUAGAAAUAUUUGAAUGUGACAAGCCUUUGUUUUUUAUUGGUUCUUAGAUUUCAUUUUGUUUUUAGUUUGUAUAUUUCAAAUUUAGUUUAUGUUAUUUUAAGUUAAGUUGGAAAAUUUGAACAUAUACCUAGAUUAACCAA